AUGUUAUACUCACUUGUAAAAUAUUAUCCCUAUUGUUUUAUCCCUAUUGGUAUUAUGCGUAAUGGUAUCUUGGGUUUGGUAUUUUGGGUGUUGGAGGUUCGGUUAAUUUACUGUCGUGACACACACUUACACAAGAUUUGUGUUCAUCUUUUUCAUCAAGAUUCCUCACUCAAUCAACUCCUAUGCCAAGAGAUAGGAUUGAGUCCUUGUGUGUCUGCUGAGGUGUGUAGGAUCAAUCCUAGGAUCAUCUUGGACGCCUAUGAUAAGGAAAAAUGCCUCCUCACUCUCUUCUCGUUCUUCUCCACUUUUACAUGUAAUGAUAAUAAGGUGAAGGAGUAUAUAUAUAAUACCGAGAAUGGCACUACCGUAUACGUCGAUAAAGAAAUCACUAAUCUUCUCUGGAAAUCCUGUUCGAGGCGAUCACGGUUAAGAUUAUCAUACCUAUUUCAAGACGGGCCUAAACAAUUUUGCAAGAGUUUAACACUUGGGAAUAGCAAAGUCAAAAUCAGACAAGCCAUUAACCUACCAGGACUCUCCAAAAUACUACCAAUCAAUCUAGAACAGCUGGCUGAGAUCAAUUGGUUAAUGGGAAGUCCAAUAAGUUGGGAUUUGCUAAGGGUUAAAAUUUCAGGAGUGUUGAUAAUUUUGUUCAUAAUAUUUUUAUCCGUGUCAACCCUUUUCAUACGUCAAGGAAGGAGUAAAAAUAAAUUAACAGAACCUGACGAAACAGAAGUUGAAAAUCUCAUCGAACUUAACAUUAAUUCUCAUUACCAAUGA